GGAGCUGCUCUAUCAGCGUGAAGCUCUAAAACUUGUCUGAAUUCUAAACAUCGCUGAUGAAGUUGUGUAGUGAUUAACCAUGGCAAGCUGCUAUUGUUUGAUGUUUUACUAGUAACGCGGAGCCUGGAUAGUGCGCAGAACUUGAAAUUCCACAAUACGUUUUCGUGUAUGUUAUUUUAGUGUAAUUCAAACACUUAGGACCCAAAAAAACCUUUUGUCUGUAUUGAUAUUAGAGGAAAUCUGAACAGCAUUUUGUACUAAAUCUCAGCACUUGUGACUUUAAACUGUUUUCAUUGCAAUGGUGUUAAAAUCAAAGUUAUGGCCUUUUCUAUUCGGCCUCUCCAUCGGCCUAACUCUGGCCGUGUAUGUAACGACGUAUUCAAAACUUGUUUUCCCAAUCGCCACAUCGAUCUACACAAAAAGAGAAUUGGUCUCAUAUUUUCCUACAGAAAUUCCAUCAAGUUUUGACAACUAUAUACCCAGUAUAAACAUUGAGGAUGAUAAAUCACAACAUAAAGAUGAUGACUCCGUAUCUCGCAAGCUCGCUAAAAAUGUAAGGAUUCUGAUCUGGGUGAUGACGUCACCAACAAAUCUGAAUGUCAAGGCCAAAGCGGUUAAAGAAACCUGGGCGAGCCACUGUGAGUUGGUUCUAUUUUUCAGUUCAGUUGACAACGAUACAUUCCCAGCCAUUGGACUGAACGUAUCAGAGGGUAGAAGCCAUCUGACAGCAAAGACGAUGAAAGCUUUUAGAUACAUUUAUGAGAACCAUUUCAAUGACGCCGAUUGGUUCAUGAAGGCGGAUGAUGAUACGUAUGUGAUCAUAGAAAAUCUGAGGUACUUUCUUUCUGGGGAAAAUUCCAGCGAGCCCGUUUAUUUUGGUCAGCUGUUCACAACACAUGUCGUGCAGGGCUAUUACAGCGGCGGUGCUGGUUAUGUGUUGAGUAAAGAGGCGCUGAGAAGAUUCGGGGAAGGGGCGGAGAAGGUGAACUGCUCCAAGGACCACGGCAGUGAAGACGUGGAGAUGGGAUUCUGUAUGUGGAAGCUGGGCGUCCGGACUGGCAACACCCAUGACGUACUGGGCCGGUCUCGGUUCCAUGUCUUUAAGCCUGAGACCCACGUGAAUGGACGGUACAUGCACUGGUACUCUAGAUACGACGCGUAUGGGGCUAAACAGGGUAUCGAGAGCAUCAGUGACUAUGCUGUGAGCUUCCAUUAUGUGAGUCCACCACAUAUGUACGCACUGGAGUUUUUUGUCUACCACUUGAGGCCGUACGGAAUUAUGUCAGAAUUACAAAUCUUGAAUAACAAAACAACUGUCGUGUAGCUUUAUAAAUAUACAU